UGCAUGGCCUGCAUCCGUGGUGGGUCUGCUUUUAGAAUGAAAGUAGAUGCAGUACCAAUCGAUAAACUGUUCGGUACACUUUGUAUGUGUGGAACAGUUGCAAACUGCGGUGAAAAAUGCAAUGUUAUAUAAGGAUUUCAAUUAAAAAGUAAAGUGACAGUGUUUUAUCACUUUGAAAAAUGAGCUACUUUGCGAAAUUUGCUUAUCCGAAAGCAAUUCGUUGGAAACCAUUUUGCACCGGAAGUGAGAAUUUAACCCAACAUGCACGAGUUGUUAUUGCCGGAGCUGGGAUGCUUGGCAACUCUGUGGCCUACCAUCUAACAGAAAACGGUUGGAGCAACGUUGUGGUACUAGAUCAGCAUACAAUUGGAAGCGGAACAUCAGAUUUUGGUUCCGGGACAAUCGGGUUGUUUAAACCCACACCGGAGCGUAACAUUAUCAUGGAAAGUUUGAAACUCUAUGAACGAUUGCAACGUGCCGGCCAUAAUGUGGGACUGCAAAAAUGUGGAAGUCUUAAUCUAGCUCAAACGCACGAUCGAGUAAUAGCUAUCAAGCGAAGGAUUGCAUACAAUAUUCCUACUGGUUUGUUCUGUGAGUUUAUAGAUGCUGAAACGGCUAAACAAUUGCAUCCACUGUUGAACGUGGACGAUAUCCAAGGAGCAGUUCAUGUACCUGAUGAUUGCAUCGCAAAUCCUGCAUUGGUCCUGCAGGUCUUAGCUAAUUUGGCCAAACAAAAAGGAGUGAAAUACUACGAGGGAUGUACGGUCAAAUUCGUCAAUACAAAAGGUGGACGCGUGGAAAGUGUAGAAACAGACAUCGGAACAAUAAAGUGUGAAUACUUUAUCAAUUGUUGUGGAAUGUGGGCGAGAGAACUGGGCCUCAAGAGCAAAAAGCCAGUUUGUAUACCUGCUUAUCCAGCACAGCACUUUUACGGUUUAUCAUCUAACCUUAACUUACCGAGUGACGUGUUACUUCCAUGUGUUAGAGAUUACGAUUCCAACCUGUACGCCAGGCAGCUGGGUGGAGAAAUGUUAGUUGGGUGGUUUGAAAAAACGGCAAUACCUGCUUUCGAAAACACCAAGGAUAUUCCAAAAGAGUGGAAAUCUAAAUUACAACAGGCAAAGACAGAGCAUUGUGCUCCAUUAUGGGAGAAGGCGGUUGAUCGGAUGCCGUCACUCAAAGAUACGCCUCAACCGAAAAUUACUAACAGUCCUGAUAAUUUCACUCCCGAUGGACGAUGGAUAUUUGGGGAAACAGCCGAAGUAAAAAAUUACUACGUAGCUUGUGGUAUGAACGGUAACCCAUUGCAAGGCUCUGGAGGUGUUGGGAAGGCACUGGCCGAAUGGAUUGUCGCGGGAGCACCGACGAUGGAUAUGCUACCAUUUAAUGUUCAGCGUUUUCUGGAUUUACACAACAACCGACAGUAUUUGCAAAACCGUAUAAGGGAAGUUGUCGGGCGUCAGUAUGCCAUUCUGUAUCCAAACCAGAGCGAGUAUAUUUUUUCACGCAAACUACGUUGUUCUCCGCUCUACAGCGUGUUAGAGACUCGAGGGGCCGUUUUCGGAACUAAGAUGGCUUACGAGAGGGCACUGUACUUCGAUACUGACUACGAACGAGGACAACCGUUUCCUACGUUACCACCAGGAAGCUUCUACAAACCAAAAUUCUUUAAGUUCAUGGAAAAGGAAUACUUAGCUUGUACUCAACAUGUGGGUAUUAUCGAUAUAUCAUCAUUUUCUAAAAUUGAAAUUCAGCCCGGCGUGCGGAGCAAUUCACUGAAGAACAGUGUUCUAGACUAUCUCCAAACAAUGUGUGCAAACGACGUCAAUAUUCCGAUCGGCCAUAUCUUGCACACUGGAAUGCUAAACGAACGGGGCGGAUACGAAAACGACUGUAUGCUAAUACGACAAAGUGAUGAUCGCUAUUUCAUGAUAUCACCGUCGUCGCAACAAACUCGGAUCCAUCAAUGGAUGUCACGAAAUUUGCCUCAGGAUGCCAGUGUUCAACUGAACGAUGUCACCUCGAUGUACACAGUGCUCAAUGUUGUAGGGCCCAAGUCAACCCAAUUGAUGAGUGAAUUGUCGAAUUCUAAUGUAAAAUUGCAACCAUUCACAUACAGAAAACUGAACAUUGGAUACGCAAGCGAUGUGAUGUUUAUGACUUUCACACAUACAGGAAUGCCCGGUUACUGUAUGUAUGUUCCAUCCGAGUACGCGCUGCACGUUUACGAUCGAUUGAUGACCGUCGGACGCGACUACGGUGCGCGCGACGUUGGCAUAUUGACGCAAAGAUUUCUGAGAAUCGACAAAUUUAUUCCGUUCUGGGGGGAUGAACUAACCAGCAAGACGACUCCUUUCGAAGCAGGUGUGUUUUACUCGAUUUCACAAUUGAAGAAAAAGGAAAAUUUCAUAGGCCGGGCGGCACUUGAGAAACAGAAACAGGAAGGUUUGACGAAACGAUUGGUUCUUUUUCAUCUAGAGGACAUCGACGUCGACAAAGACGUUUGGCCUUGGGGUGGCGAACCAAUUUAUCGAAAUGGAGAAUUUUGCGGAACCGUCACCUCAGCAGGAUAUGGUUUUGCCUCGGAGAAAUUGGUAUGCCUAGGAUAUAUUCAACGCUCACAGAGAGAUAUAUCCAGAGUGGUGACAACGGAAUUUAUAAUGGAUAAAAAUGCUGUCUACCACAUUGACAUAGCCGGACGAUUGUUCCGUUUGACUCAACAUGUCCACCCCAAAGCGGCAUUGGCCAAAUCAAUCGCAGAACGAGAACAACGUAAGACGUAUCGACCCACUGUUUUGAAAUAUAAGAAGCAAUUUCAAGGUUGAAUAACAAGUACUUAAGAGUGAUUGUGAUAUAUAGUAUAGAAAUGAAUAAAUUUUUUAAUUCGUACUUAGACAAUUAACAAA